AUGUCCUCCUUUGCUUUCCUUUUACUUUGCGUCCAAGCUUGCUUGGUCCAGAAUGUAUUCGGCCAAUGCCUCGGUCCAGCACCAAUGGCGUAUGCUCCAGCUAUGGCGCCUUACGGCUAUGGCGCUGGUCUGCCAGCCACGCCAUUCGGUGUAGCGCCAAUGGCAGUGGAGCUCGGCGGGCUCGGAGCUCCCAUUGAAGUUGGCGCGUACGGCGGAGCCGGCGUUGGUGACGUGGCGGUCGCUGGUGAGAUGCCAGUCGCUGGCACAACAUUCGUCGCCGGACAGGUGCCCAUCCUCGGCGCGGUGCGCUUUGCUGGUGAUCUGCCAGCCUGUGGCACUGUCACCAUCUCUGGCAGCUGCGGAUGCGGAUGCAACAGUGGUCCUUAUUAUUACUAA